AUGCCGUGUACAGCGAUUAUGGCCGCCGCUGAAAGAAUGAAAAUAAAGCAAGAUUACAUCUACUCCGCUGUCAACAGGCUAAACAAGGGCUGUCGUGGUGGAAGCAGUUGCCAUAUUUCUUCAAAGGAAAACAAGGAAGCCGUACGCCUCACCUCAACCACAGCUGGGCCGCCGACACUUCCCUUCACCCCAUUAGACAACCUGAAUAACCAGGAGGUUUUGUCUCUGAUGGCUCACCGCAGGCCAGCUUUUGACCAUCAUGGCAGUGAAAAUGCUCUCUUGGUAGGAGGGAAGAUGCCCCGGUCCAAUGUGGGAAACAUCAAGGACAAGAUUUCUCUCUGGGAGUCCAAAGAACCUCCUCAUUCAGAUCCGACAUGCGACAGUCUGGGACACUGCGCCGCUGGGAAAAAGGCAGAAUCGAACGGCAGCAGUCAACCUGUCGAUACACACAGUGGAGACGGCUGCGGAAGAGGAGUUCCCCAUAAGGAAAAGCAGGAUAUUGAGAAGGAGAAUGUGGGAAAUUAUGGGGAUUCGAGGCCUUGUUCGCCCGCUGAAGCAGGCAAACAGCAAAGAGGAGCACUCAGUAACUGUAAGCCGAAUGCAAAACAGAAGGAGGAUAACAUAAGAGGUUGUGUUCACAAAGAAGACCAAGAGCAACAGAAAGAGAAUACAGAUGAAUCUGAAGGUUCAAAGCCUUGUUUACCUGCAGUCACUGAGAAGGAGCCGGUGGGGACGCUGAGAAAAAGCAACGAGAGGAGAACGACUGAACAGCCGAGCCAGGAGAAGAGAGCUGUGUUCACCCUCUUCAAAAAACUGGAGGCGAUGGGGGACAACCAUGGAAAACACCCCCAAGAACUGGGAAACUACUUCAGCCCUCCCACCAAAGACAAACAGCAGAAGGAGUCUGAAGCUGCGACUCUAGGCCGCGCAGCAAGGACUUCUGGGACGUUAGAACGGAAGGAGCAGCAGGAGAACGUGUAUGCAGAGCCGGGCGCACCCCCCAUCAACCCGGUCCCCAAACCCCGCCGCACGUUCCAGCACCCAGCCUCCUCGGGAAAGGGUCCGAGGCAGGGGAGGGGGCAGAGGAACCUGCCCCCGCUGCCUUCGCUCUCUUCCAAAACCUCCUCUAAACCGCCGUCUGGCGUCUACGGGAGACCUCUGGGCGAGAGGGUCCGAGACAAUAUCCACAGGAGGUCGUUUGAGUUUGAAGACCUCACACGGAGCUCGCUCUCCUCUCACUCACUGUCUCAGGAACAUCACUAUGAAGACAUCCUGGAUUCGUCCAAUGAGAACCCGUACGAGGACAUAGAGCUGGAGAGUCAGUGCUCCCAGCAGUCUCUGCCUUCGUCCCCUGGUGCUGAUAACUCCAAGGCCUCAAGACCCGGUUUCUUCAGGCAGAAUUCCGGUCGCAACUUUAAGCUGCUGGACCUUCGGAGGACCAACCACCAGGCGCACAGAGCCAGGACUGGAGGGGUUUCCUCGCCACCGCAGCUCAGCCCUCCCUCCACCCCCACCGGGCCUGAACACGCCGCCUGGCUGCCCGGCGAUCCCUACAGCCGGACCUGCCGCAGGAUACCCACCGUCGUCCUGAGGAUCAACAGCAUAUUUGAGGCUCGAAACAGAAAGAAACAUCUCCGGAGGAUCUACCAUUACGCCGAGACGAGUUCAGGAAGAGUGACGGACGAGAACAGCGACUCUGAGAGUGAAGUCGAAGAAAGAGCAAAAGCUCAACGCCAGCGUUUAACAACAGUCAAGUCCAUCCUGAACCGUCCGAGCCAGAACCGGGACGGCUUCAACGGGGCCAACGCCAGGAACGGGGCCCUGGAGCAGGAGCUGCACCAGCGCAAGCUUUUCGAAUACUUCCUGGUCGUGUCGCUGCAGAAGUCAAAGGCUGGAGGCCACUAUCUGCCAGAGGUCACACAGCAGUUCCCACCAAAGCUGGAGCGCAGCUUCAAAUUCAUGAGGGAGACGGAGGAUCAGCUGAGGAUUAUUCCUCAGUUCUGUUUCCCUGAUGCGAAGGACUGGGAGCCGGUGGAGAGCUACCCCAGCGAGAUGUUCUCCUUUGUUUUGACUGGCGAGGACGGCAGCAGGAGGUUCGGGUACUGCCGGCGCUUACUGCCCAGUGGAAAAGGCAAACGUCUGCCAGAGGUCUACUGUAUCGUCAGCCACCUCGGCUGUUUCAACCUGUUCUCCAAGGUGUUGGAUGAGGUGGAGAGGCGCAGGGCUCUGUCUCCCGCCCUGGUGCAGCCGUUCAUGAGAGCCAUCAUGGAGGCCCAGUUUCCCGCUCCCGGCAGGACCAUCAACAUCAAGACGUUUCUCCCGGGUUCAGGCACUGAGGUGAUGGAGCUCUGUCGACCCACCGACUCUCGCCUGGAGCACGUGGACUUCGAGUGCCUCUUCUCCUGCCUGAGUCUGCGGCUGCUGCUCAGGGUCUUCGGCUCCCUGCUGCUGGAGCGGCGGCUCAUCUUCACCGCAGACAGGCUCAGCACCCUCUCCCAGUGCUGCCACGCCGUGGUGGCGCUGCUCUACCCGUUUGUGUGGCAGCACACCUACAUCCCCGUGCUGCCGUCGGCCAUGCUGGACAUCGUCUGCACCCCGACGCCCUUCAUCGUCGGCCUGCUGUCCAGCUCCCUGCCGCAGCUCACCGAACUCCCCCUGGAGGAGGUUCUGGUCGUGGAUCUGGAAAAAAAUCGUUUUCUGAGACAGUUGGACGACGAGGAUUCUAUCCUGCCGGCGAAGCUCCAGACGGCCCUGGAGAACGUUCUGGAGAGGAGAAGAGAACUGGCCAAUGAGAGAGGAGGAGAUACCAGCAGUGAAACAGCCCACCUCAGCACGGUGGUGUCCGAGGCCUUCGUGCGCUUCUUCGUGGAGCUGGUGGGCCACUAUCCCCUCUUCAUCACCGGCGAGCGGGAGGACGGCUACUCGUCCUCGUCCUCCUCCCCGGUGCCCUGCUCGUUCCAGCGCGAGGGCUUCCGCAAAGCCAUCCCGUCCAAGACGGUGCGCCGCUUCCUGGAGGUCUUCAUGGAGACCCAGAUGUUCGGCUGGUUCAUCCAGGAGAGGGAGCUGCACCGACAGGCCCUGAAAGGGCUGUUUGAAGUGAGAGUGCAGGAGUAUCUGGACUCCAUCCAUGAGAACGAACACCGGAGGGUUAACAGGUUUCUCAAGGGCUUAGGGAGCAAAAUGAAGUUUCUUUCCAAGAAAUGAUACCAAAGAACCAGAGACUGAAGCUGAAAAGAAAAGAAGACGCAGAACAACAAGGGAAGACAUCCAAGGCUUAUAAUCCAACAAACACAAACCUAAUCCUCGUCUCACUUGAGGAUGAGACGAAGGGUUUUGCUCAAGAGCUCAUGGAGGACAUGACAGUGAGGAAUCGCAAAUUGCACCGUGGAUGACGAAAUUCAAGAUUACAGACUUUCAGAAAUAUUUAUUAAGGUUGCUGGUUGAGAUUGUAUGAAAUAAGUUUUUUUUUUUUUUAAGUGCACAGUGAGCAAACACCAUGUUGGUAUUUUGCCUAAAGUUAAGUAUUCAAAGCAGAUUAAAGGUA